AUGUCCUACCAAAACAAGAACAGCACCGACAACCAGAAAGCCAGUGGCCAGCAACCAAUGGUUAUUGGGUUGUACGGCUUACCUGGCUCUGGGAAGACAUUCAUCUUGGAUCAUCUCAGACAAACCCUUGAUCGUUCUCUCUUCACUUUGUACGAGGGGAGUGAGGUUAUCUCCACUGUUACGCCAGGGGGGCUCAAAGCUUUCCAGCACCUGGAAGAGCAUGAAAAAAAUGCAAGGCGUCGAGAAGCCAUUCUCCGCGUACGCAGUGAAUGUUCGCACAGUUCCAAGACCGCCUUAGUUACCGGCCACUUCAUGUUUUGGAAAGAUGAUGAGGAUACCGGCCAGGUGGUCUGUACGGAAAGUGACCUCGCCACUUACACCCAUAUUUUGUACCUUGAUACAGCUGUGGAGGUCAUCAUCAACCGCCGGCAGGAGGAUGAGAAGAGAUUCCGACCGACGACAUCCAUUGAUCAUCUGUCAAGAUGGCAAAAAUAUGAGAGGGACCAGCUGCGUCGCUCGUGCUAUCAUCGCGAGAUACUGUUCAUAAAUCUAUCCAGCCAUCUAUCUGCCGCAGAUAAGAUUACCGACCUCGUGAAAUCCUUUCAUCUCCACACUGAAGAAUACAACCGCUCAUAUGCUCUGAAGCUCCUGGAUCAAUUCAUCUCGCAUCAACUUGAACGGCCGGAGACCGUGCUUGUUCUGGAUGCUGAUAAAACUAUCGCUGCAGCCGAUGGAGGCGCGAUGUUUUGGGAGCAAUUGAAUGAUCCUGAGAAAACGUUUUCUAGAAAGAAUCCUCUCCAAGAUCUUUUCAGUGGCCCCCUCGGCUAUUCUUACUCGUCGUUCAGUCAAGCUACGAUGUUAAACGAAGAGGUAGCCGACAAUGCACGUUUUGAAGAACUUUGCCAACAUGUUGCAUCCCGGAUAACUCUUCAUGCAGAGUUUAGUUCUCUUCUUGCAAUGCUUCGAGCACACCGGCACAUUUGUGCAAUUGUCGUUACCUGUGGGAUUGGACGCAUUUGGGAGAUUGUGCUCCAGAACGAGAAUCUAUCGGAGCUGGCGCAAGUCUUUGGUGGAGGGCGCAUUGAGAACGGAUUGAUUAUCACACCCAGCCUCAAGAAGGAUCUUGUUCUCCGGCUUCGACAGACUUACAACGCUUACACGUGGUCUUUCGGUGAUAGCCCUGUCGAUUUGGAGAUGAUGCAAGAGGCAGAUGAAGCCAUUGUUGUGACGGGAGAACAGACGACCAGGAGCAAGUCCAUGGAUAAGAAGCUCGAAGAUCGGAUUGGUAUAAAUGGAUUUCAGCCUCGCCAGGUUACUCUGCCGCAUCACGCUUCCCCUCGCAUCAUCACCAAGCCGCUUCCUCUUGCCGAUUUGACGGAUCCGAAGUUUAUCCAGUCCAUUUUCACGCGACAUAAUCGUUAUCGACGCAUUGACAUAUCCCAUGCAACAGAGAAAGCAACUGCUAAAGUACUCAUGACCCCCAUGCGUGACUCAACUAUUUCUGGUCCACGACUGCGAGAAGCACACCAGGAGGUUGGUCGAUAUCUAGCCGUGGAGUAUGUGACGGCUAUUGUCGGCCUAGAAUCAUACCCCCUUCAACAUGUUCAAGGCUAUGUAACCAACGGUCAUCGCCUCUUCCGUGAGAAGGAAACAUUGAUAGUCGCAUUGAUGCGUGGCGGAGAACCAAUGGCGCUAGGAGUCAGUCAAGCAUUCCCAAGUGCAAUGUUCCUACACGCACAAAAAGUGAACGAUAUCUGCGUCAAAUCUUUGAAGGGCAUGGUCACUGUGAUGCUCGUGGAUUCCGUGAUCAACACGGGCGACACAAUCCUCGAAUUUGUCCGUCACAUCCGUAGCCUACAUGCCUGCAUUCGUAUUGUGGUCGUUGCAGGAGUGGUUCAAGCAAGCUUGCUCCAGCGCAGCAGGGUGGCACAACAACUAGCUUCGUUUGAACAACUCUCUUUUGUUGCUUUACGUAUUUCCGAAAACAGCUACACCGGGAAAGGCCCAACGGACACUGGAGCCAGACUAUUCUGCACUGUUUCUUGGGAAUAA